GCUUUAGGGUCGGUAGGUCGCCGCUGUCACAGGUGUGCCCUGGGGUUGCCUCGCCGUCGCUGCCGUGCGGUCCCUGCAGCCGCGCCUCCCGCCUGGGACCCGGCUCAUCCGCUCUCCUCGCCCUCCUCCCCUUAACCAUCCCGGGUUUCUGCCGUCGGGGUCCCGGGCCGGGCUAAUGAUGCCGGAGAACGGAGUGGAGCGCUCGGACCGGGCGGCUGCGCUGGUAGGGACGGCUGCAGCCUCGGCGGUGGCCACGGCCGCCCAGGCAAGCGGCGGCCCCGACCCGGGAGCCGCAUCAGCCUCCCUCGGACCGCACCUGAGUGGGCUAGGCUGGCCGCAGGUGAAGCGGCUGGACGCGCUCCUGAGCGAGCCAAUCCCCAUUCACGGGCGCGGCAACUUUCCAACGCUGAGCGUGCAGCCCCGGCAGAUCGUGCAGGUCGUCCGCAGCAGCCUAGAAGAACAGGGACUGCGUGUGCAUGGUGUGCGGCUACACGGCUCAGCUGCCAGCCACGUGCUGCACCCCGAGAAUGGCUUGGGCUAUAAGGACCUAGACUUAGUGUUCCGCGUGGACCUGCGCAGCGAGGCAUCCUUCCAGCUGACCAAGGAGGUGGUGCUGGCCUGCCUGCUGGACUUCCUGCCGGCUGGCGUGAGCCGGGCCAAGAUCACGCCACUGACACUCAAGGAGGCCUACGUGCAGAAGCUGGUGAAAGUGUGCACAGACACGGACCGCUGGAGCCUCAUCUCGCUGUCCAACAAGAGCGGCAAGAACAUGGAGCUCAAAUUUGUGGACUCGGUCAGGCGCCAGUUCGAGUUCAGCGUAGACUCCUUCCAGAUCAUGCUGGACUCCCUGCUGCUCUUCGGCCAGUGCUCAUCCACGCCCAUGUCUGAGGCCUUCCAUCCAACGGUGACGGGCGAGAGCCUGUACGGGGACUUCAGCGAAGCCCUGGAGCACCUGCGGCACAGAGUCAUCGCCACACGCAACCCUGAAGAGAUCCGCGGCGGCGGCCUCCUCAAGUACUGCCACCUCCUGGUGCGUGGCUUCCGGCCACAGCCCAGCACCGACGUGCGCGCCCUGCAACGUUACAUGUGCUCCCGGUUCUUCAUUGACUUCCCGGACCUGGUGGAGCAGCAGCGCACCCUGGAGCGCUACCUGGAGGCCCACUUCAGCGGGGCCGACUCAGCCCGCCGCUACGCCUGCCUGGUGACACUGCAUCAGGUGGUCAACGAGAGCACUGUGUGCCUCAUGAGCCACGAGCGUCGCCAGACACUGGACCUCAUCGCCACCAUGGCACUCCAGGCUCUGGCUGAGCAGGGCCCAGCUGCUGCCGCUGCCCUGGCCUGGCGCCCUCCAGGCCCUGAUGGGGCUGUGCCUGCCACUUUCAAUUACUAUGUGACCCCUGUGCAGCCUCUGCUGGCCUGGACCCACUCCUGCUAUCCCACCUGGCUGCCUUGUAACUGACUGAGACCCUGGUCAGGAGAGACUGGGUCUCCCCAGAUGGAGUGGGGCCUCAAGGCCUGUGUGGAGGGCAUGACCAGAGACAGGCAGCCUGUGCCAGGUGGCCCAGCACUGCUACAGGGUUGGGCCUUCGACUAACAGAUCAGACUCCUUGAGUGAGGCCUCUGUGGGCUUACGGCCAAGCUGGGGUUCUGCUUAUUGCAGCACACUUUUAGACUAACAUGUUUGUGGGGUGCAGGAGCUGUUUGUCUUGGGGGUUAAUUGCCUUUAGGAGACAAAGCAUGUUUGGGGUGUUAGUCUCAAUGUCCAUCAUCGUGGGUUGAUUUCUAUGGCCUAAGAAGGGUCUUUUUGGCUAGGGCCAGCCUAUAGUGAGCCCAGCAGCCCCAAGGGUCUGCAGCCCACACAAUGGCUAAAAUAUGGUGCAUUAUGGGAACUAGUCACUUUGGGUCAGGUUGGGCCACUCACAGGCCUAGUAGUCCAACCUGGCUAAUCACUGGGGAGGGAAGGGGAGGCAUGAGACGGAUACCUGGAGAGGGAUAUGUUUGGCCCAGUCCCCUAACACUCCCAACUUGAACAGUCAAGGUAUGUGGUGGACAGGGCCAAGUGGCCUGGGGUAGGACACAGCCCAAGACCCUUCCAGGGUGUUGCUCCCUUCCCCCAUGUCACGAGGAGCCCUCCUGCCUGGGAGCUUGUCUUAGGAUGGUACAGGGCCCAAAUUGGCCACAGUCAAGUGUUCCCACCCCACUGGUCUGGUUACAGGGUCCUCAGUUGGUGGAGGAGAACCAUGCCCCGCCUCUGCACUCUUAACACCUGCCAAUAAAAAUUGUCUACACUGAGCCUAGCACCAUGCUUUCUCCUGGGAGAAGGACCUUCCAUGGCUGUGGGGCUGUGACUGCCUCCCCGAGCCUGAGUCUGGCUUAUAUGGUGGGAGGGGACUUUGUGGGGUGAGGUCUGAGUCCUGGGCUGUGGCUGAGGGCACGCCCCUUCUUCCAUCAACACCAGCCCCAGCUUGACAACUGUGCUAGGAGCUCAUGUCUACAUGUAUGACUUGCACCUGCACAUUGCCUCAGCAAGUCUCCUGGUCAAGAGUAAUUAUUUCAGUGUUUCCCACCUAGAAUCCAAAUGAUCCUGGACCUGGUCUCACACUGUGGUGCUCGGGGCUGCUUGACCCCAUUUCUGCCCACUCCACCCCAUCCCUUCCCAGGAAGCAAGUGGAAAACAAGUUGGGUGAAUCCAGACUGGAGACGAUCUCCACUAGUGGCAGCUAAGACUGGGGGACUUCUAGGGUCCCCCAGAGCUUGAGCCCAGGUUUGGCCACCCUAUCUGGGAGAGGUUCCCUCAGUCCUCCGGUUCUGUCACCCCCCAAGUUGCAAAGGACACAUCCAACUUGUUCUAAGCAGGUUUGUCAUCUCCUUUCCAUCACCAGGGGCCACACAAGGCUGUCUGGGAGUGAAUGUCAAGCUCUCCAGGAGCUCUUCCCUCAGGGCAUCAGCCAGUCAUGGUCCUGGACGCUUCCCACUGUUUACCCAGCCCCUUUGAUCCACAUUCAUCCUCAUUAGUGGUCUCUGAAGUGGUGGCUUUGAUGGUUUCAGCCAGAGUGAAAAAAACACACACCCAAGGCCACAGAGGAGGCCCCAGGUCAUCUGGGUAAGUCCAGCCACCUCACCUGCUCAAUGGGUCCCUGCUGGGCUCAAAAUGGCUAGAAGGGUGAGUGGAAAGGCUUCCUUUGCUGGGUGAUUAAAAUAGCUCCCGUCUCCACUCUGCCCAUACCCACCUAACUAAGGUCCUGGGAGGGACAGAGUUUGUCCCAGCUCCUGAUUUGGGCACAUAGGGGAUGCUCACAGUAGAAGCACAGAGGCUUAGCUUGUUAGGGCAGGGUGCAGGCUUCACCUGGAUAUGUUUGUUUCAGAAGGUGAGAAGCCAGGAACCAAUAGUACUUCAGUGCAUAUACCGGCAGUCAGCCCCCGGUGAGCCAGCUACGCGUUCUAGUGACUGGGAAUAUGUCAGCAAACCCAAGACUAAGAUCCCUGCCCUCUUGAAGAUUACAGAUCAUAAACUAAAUUAUAUAGUCCUAGAAGGUCAGUGAUGCUCAAAAAUAUACACAGCAGGGUAAGGGAGUGGAAUAGCUGGAUUUUGCGAAUUUUAAAAGAAGUCAGGGUGGGCCUCAUCGAAAGUGUGACAUUUGAUUGCACAGAUUUAAAGGUAGUGGAAAGCAAGCCAUGCAGAUCGGGGGAAGAGUGUUCAGGCAGAGGGAGCUUGUCUGAUAAUGUGCACAUGUUCCCAGGAGGCAUGUGCGGGAAGGGCGCAUGCGCCCAAGGGUGUCUAACUGGCCUUGUGCAGGUGCACAUGCUCACUAGUGUCCAUGUGUAACCUGCAUGGGGUGAGAAGCAGGAGAGAGACAGGAGUUCCCGGUAACAGCUACUGUUUCUAGAGUGCUUUACUCCAGGCCAAAACUAUGCUAGGUCUCCCCGAUCAGUACCCCUCAUUUCAUCUUCACAAUGCCACAAGAGUAAGGAUUAUCUCCAUGUCACAGACCAGGAAACUAAUACCAGAAAGAUCAGAGAAGUUAGUCUGACUCCAAAGCCUUUGCUGUUAACCCCUGCACCAUCCUGCCCCUACGCUCUGAUGUCCCAUGGAAGAGCAUGACAGUAUGUCUUCUAUACAUAUAUGUGACAGGGCAUGUUGGCAAGUGACAGAGUUUAUAUUUCUGUGACAUUGUAUGUAUGACUAUGCAGAGUGUAUCAAUGUGACAAGACAGACAUUUUCUUGAUGUACAUGUGACAACAGCCAUGACUUGUGGUGAGGCCUGUGGUGCUAACAGGCAUUCCUGUGAGUAUGUUUAAGAGUGUGACAGUGGGUGGGAGAAAAACACGGGCUCAGUGGCUGGCCUUGUUCUCUUGUGGACAAUUCCUGCAGCCAUGUAAGAUGCCAGGACAGGCAGUUAUCAAGAACUGGAAAUCCCAGAGCCAGAGAGGGGAAGGGUGAGGAAGGAAAGCCCCAUUCCCCACAGUGCUCUCCAAGUAACAACCCACCCACCCCUUAUGACCACAGCAGGUGGGGGGACUCCAGAGGGGCAAAGAAGCCCUGCUGUAAACGUUAGGGAACCGGAGAUAUGCCCCCAAGCAGCUACAAAGUGUUGGCCCCUCCAGUCUCACUCCCCACCCUUCUCCCUGCUCUUUGCCCUGAGGAGGAUGACCUCUGGGAACUGUGCAUCAGUGACUCCCUGUUCCCUACCUUCCUGUUGGGUUUGGCCAAUGAGAGGCCCCAGCAGGAAAUUGGAGAAGAAUGGGGCAUUUAUUCCCCUGUUCCCUCCCUACCAGGUUGUCUUACUCAUCUAUCUCAGUCACAGGCCACUGCUCCUGUCAGGGACUCUCCACACAGCUGUCCUCUCAUCCCUUUGCCCUCUCCUUCCCUCCCCCAUCUUAGAGCCAGGAGUUGUAAAGGCUUCCAACUUUUGCUAUCCCCUGAGAGGGGCACCAUUCCUCGUUAAUUUCUUAUGCCCACAUCUUUGGAAAGAGUCCCUUUUCAACCUCUGCCCAGUUUGAAUGCGCCUGUCUCCUGCUGGGACCCUGAGUGACAAACAGGUGCAUACCAUUGCCAGCAUGGUCGUAUGCUGCCAGGUUAUCACGAACAUGCACAACCUCCCUCCCAGUCACACAUCUCACAUGUGCAUUCCCAACCCCUAACUUCCUCAUCACAGUCUUCAUCAGGGGAGACUUCCUGGAGAGAGUCAGCGUUGAGCCAGGUCAAGGAAGAAAUCAGUCUGCAAAUCAGUCAACAGUCCCAAGACUGUCAAAUGAAACUAAACAGAAACUGCUUGAGGAAUUGCCAACUUAAAGAGUGGUGACAGACACAUAAAGGAAAAUUGGCAAGGACACUUGCAAAGUAAACUCAAAACCACAUGCAGUUGUCUC